AUGCCCUGUUCUGUACUUCACUGCGUAGUAAUUAAUUAUACUACCUGGAAAUUUAUAAUAGUAGCAUUAGCAACACUUGCUGUUGCAUCUGCCCAAUAUGAUUAUCAUCCACCAGCACCUGUAGCUACUGCCUCAGCUCCAGUUUAUCAUGCUCCUGCUCCAUCUGCUGAAUAUUUACCACCAGCACAAUCAGCUCCAGCACCUGCCCCAGUAUAUCAUGCUCCAGCACCAGUUGUACACAGAGCACCAGCACCAGUUGUACAUAGAGCACCAGCUCCCGCACCAGUAUACCAUGCCCCAGCACCUGCUCCAGUUUAUCAUGCUCCAGCACCAGUUGUACAUCAUGCCCCAGCACCAGUUGUACAUAGAGCACCAGCACCAGUAGUACAUCAUGCUCCAGCUCCAGUAUAUCAUGCACCAGCACCAGCUCCAGUUGUACAUCGUGCACCAUCACAAGAAUAUUUACCACCUGCUGCAUCAGCACCAGUAGUACAUAGAGCACCAGCCCCAGCACCAGUAUACCAUGCCCCAGCACCAGUUGUUCAUCAUGCUCCAGCACCAGCUCCAGUAUAUCAUGCCCCAGCACCAGCACCAGCAGUUCACUAUUCAGCACCAGCUGUAAGCCAUUCAAGCGGUGGAUUUAGCGGCGGUUUCGGUGGUGGUAGUUCCGGAUUCGGUGGUGGUGUAUCAAGCGGUGGAUUCGGUGGUGGUGUUUCAAGCGGAAGUUUCGGUGGUAGCUCAGCUGGAUUCAGUGGUGGUGCCUCAAGCGGUGGAUUCUCAGGUGGUGAUGGUCAAGGACAAUUAUUCGAAGAUGGUUAUCAUUAUCGUGCUGUCAAAAAAAAAUUCAUCUUGGUCGCACUUGCCACAUUAGCUGUAGCAUCAGCUCAAUAUGAUUAUCAUCCACCAGCUCCACCAGCACCAGCACCACCACCACCACCACCAGUACACUCUGCACCACCUCCACCACCACCACCACCACAACAAGAAUAUUUACCACCAGCAGCAUCAGCCCCAGCACCAGCACCAGUAGUACAUCAUGCCCCAGCUCCAGCACCAGUACACCAUGCUCCAGCUCCAGUACAUCAUGCCCCAGCACCAGUACACCAUGCUCCAGCUCCAGUACAUCAUGCUCCAGCUCCAGUACACCAUGCCCCAGCACCAGUACAUCAUGCUGCCCCAGCUCCAGUACAUCAUGCCGCAGCUCCAGUAGCAGCACCACAACAAGAAUACUUACCACCUGCAGCUCCAGCCCCAGCUCCAGCACCAGUACAUCAUGCUCCAGCUCCAGUACAUCAUGCUCCAGCACCAGUACAUCAUGCUCCAGCUCCAGUACACCAUGCUCCAGCUCCAGCACCAGCUCCAGUUGCCAUUGAAUCUCAAGGUCAAUUACACAAUGAUGGAUACCGUUACCGUGCUGUCAAAAAAGCCUACAGACGUUACAGACAUUAG